GUUUUUUUGAUAAGUACGUCAUUUUAUAAUAAAAUAUAAAUGCAGUGCUAGGAUUUCGUGUAUUGAGUAUCAUAAAUAAAAAUGGCUCCGACGGAUGCUGAGAUACCGACCACUGUACUGUCUUCUAGACCAAACCCGCGAAACAAUCCGAUAAUGUUCAAAAUAUUUCAAAACGUCCAAUUUAAUGUUGUACAACACAAGAAAUAUGUUAAAGAAAUGAGUAAACUAUAUAGAAAGUUAGAUGAAGAAUCAUUCCGUGAAAGUUUCAAAAAUGCCCUUAUGUAUCUGUUUACUUUUGGAGAUACAAGUGCUAAUGUUGAUCGUGUAAUACAGUUUGUGGCUACAUUUUGUACUUCUCUAAAUGAUGAAGAAGAAUUCUUGCUGUUUAUCUUUGAAGUAAUAUUUGAUUGUCAAUGUGUUUCUGGACAAUCUGUCAGGUAUAGAGCCAGUCAGUUGCUGGCAGCCGUAUUAGCUGCUCUUGGUGAAGAUGCUUCUCUUGAUGAUGAUUUGUGUGAUAAGCUUCUUGCAUCACAGAUGCAAAGGCUUCAAGACACUCGUGGGGCAGUACGUUGCCGCGCUGCUUUAGCUCUUCAACGCCUACAAAACCCAAUGGAGCCCGACGAUGAAGUCACCAGAGCCUACCGUUUUCACAUGAGCUGUGACCCUAGCUCUUCAGUAAGAAGAGCUGUAGUCAUGUCAAUAGCCAAAUGCACUCGAAACGUACCAUUUGUGUUAGAACGUCUGUGUGACGUCGAUGAGGCCGUACGACGUGCUGCAUUCUUGUAUAUAGCAGCACUAAAUGUAACACAGCUUCGCGUUAGACAAAGGGUUUUGACACUAAAGGUCGGACUAACAGAGCGUUCCGUUCGAGUUCGGCGUGUUGUUGAAGAAAUAUUGAUUCCGAGCUGGCUAAGCUCCUUUCAAGGGAACAUCAUACAUCUACUAAAAGCUAUACGGUUAGACAAUGCCCACGACGCCAAAGACUCCCAAUACGUAGCCGGUAAACUUCUGGAGUCUUUGUUUAAGCGCCUUCCUAUCUCGGAACUUCUAGAAUGGUUACCAACAGAGAAGAAUUUACGAUUAAUACCAGCGGACAAGCUGAACAAGGAAACCGCUUGGUACUGGCGACACCUGACCGAGCACUUGCAGAAAAUCGACGACGACGAGACCCUGGAGACCAUACUGCCGGACCUCGUUGUGCUCACUGGCUACAUAAGAGCUAUCGUAGAAUCACCGUGCCCAUCUGAAAGCGAAGACCCCGUGGGGUUCAGCACGCGGCAGUACGUGCUGCACGAGCUGGGCAGCAUGCUGCGGGCCUACGACGCGACCGACCCCGCGGGCCGGGCCGCCCUGCAGGCACUCAUCACUGACGUUCUCACCGGUGACUACGGUCCACUGUGUUCGGACGUGAUCCGCGCACUAGUGGCAGCUUUAGAACUGGUCGUGCCCGAAGUGUCUCCUCGCAUGGAGGUCAUCAGCGGCAUCAUAUCCGCCCUGCGAGAUCCUCCGGAAGCGGAAGCGCCCCCUAUUAUACCUCCACCGACCGUUGACACAAACGAAAUGAAAUUACAGCGAGCAAGACUUCGUGUUUCACUGAACGUGGCCAUGGAAGCACAGGAAGAAGCCGUAAAAGAUCAGAACUACAGUCUCGCGGCCCAGUGUAAGGCUAAGGUAGAAGACAUACAAAAGAAACUGGAAGAAUUGAACAUACAACCAACGCCGCCUCCCCCAGCAGCACCGACGAUAAGAGAGAAGCUGUCGGAUGCCGCGACUCUGAACAAAUGCCUCACGAUACUGAACAGCGCCCUCGACACGCCACAACUGCAAACCGUCACACCGAUGCUGAGAAUGAUCUUCAAUGAGUUGGAGGUCGAGAUCUUUCAAAAUCCCGAAAUAAUCGAAACGGCUUUGGAGACUGUAGCUUUAUUCGGUAUAUUAGACAAGGAAUUCGCCAAAGAAAACAAAUCAUUCUUCUUUGCCAACUUGAUAGACACUUCAAACGAAGCCGUCGUAUCGACGGUGCUGAAGUGCAUAGUGGAUUUGUUAUGCGUGCACGGCGCUAAGGUGUUCGAGGACGAAGCGACGGAGCUGACCUGUGACGUCACCGACUCUGCGAACGCCUCACGAAAACGGAGCACGUAUAUAGAUGCUAUUGAUGACGAAGGGAAUAUAUCAGAGUCAGCAAUAUCAAUGUCACCGAAUCACAGCACCGUCAUAGAACUGCUCCUGAAGAUUAUGGACAGCGCAUGCGCCGCAUACAGACUGAUUAUAGUGGAAGGGAUGUGCCGCCUUCUACACUUAGGUCAUUUAGAGUCACCGGCGAUUCUUAGCAGACUACUGUUGCUAUGGUUCAACCCUGCUACGGUCGAUGAAGAUAUGCUUCGUCAAACAAUCGGGGUGUUCUUCCAAACGUUUCCAAUGUGCGUUGAUGGCGCUCAAGAACAAAUACAGAAAGCAACUUUGCCCACCAUACGGGCCCUGGCGAACGCACCAGCCAGUUCUCCUCUAUCAGAAAUCGACCAAGAAGCCGUCGUCAGAUUCAUUGUGUCGCUAACCAAAACUAAUUACGAAUUGGAAGACAGCCAGGCGGGCAUGGCGACGGUGCUGUGCCAGUACCUGGUGCGGCGGAGCGGGGCGCCGGAGUCGGGGCUGGCGUGCCGCGUGCUCGCACUACUGGCGCCACCGCGAGACGUACGCCGCGCCAGCGAGCUCGCCGCCACGCUGCGAGACCUCUGCGUGAAAUUACCCGAUAAACAAUCGUGUCGAAAUUUAACACGUUACUUGGGCGCUUUAGAAGCUACCGAACGAGCCAGUCUCCACAAAAUUUCGAGCAUAGCGGAAGGAACGUUACAAGAUGACACGAUGGUGAUGGGUCGCGCCACCACGUCGUUACCACAACCGAUAGCGCGCAGUACGCACGUGGUCGUAAAUGAAACCGUCGAGGAAGAAAACGAAAUCGAUGAGACGUCUCCAUCUGAAAUGUUCUGUAAGAUACCAGAAGAAAAAUCACAAACUGAAGAGAGUAAUACUAAGUCCAGUAGACAGUCUACCGAAUCAGAAUCUGUUCCAAUACGAGAUACCAAAGAUAUAUUGUCGGAUUCUAGCAGCGGAGUAUCUCCGGUGAAGAAAGCUAAAAUAUCAAAAGUACAAAAAAAGAAGAUGCCGGCGAAGAAAUCGUCUACCAUUGAAACGGCCAACAAAGCGAAAGUCACAGAAACCAUCAAAAAGUCCAAACAGAAAAGUGAAGAUACAGAAAAGGGUGUCAAACGAAGUCGAUCGCAGCGAUCCCUGGUGGACGUCGAUAGAGUUUCAUCCAAAGGUCAAAAAGACAAAGAGUCUAAAACAAAGAUGGCCUCUCCCCCGCCGAGCGUGCCCGCAGAGCUGGACGUGUCGAACGUGACCGCGCGGCGCUCCGCCCGCGCCGCGCACUCCUCCUCCAGCCGCGAGUCGACCGUAUCGAAUGGGACUCAACGAAAAAAUAAAAAAGGAGAAGUCAGAACAGGAACACGUUCGUCGGGGCGCAGUAGUACGGCGAGCAGCUCGCGUGACUCUCUCCAAGACUCGUUCGACGAUACCACACUCCACACUAUUGUUUACGACAAGGAAAUGGAACAAGAAAUAUUGGACGAUUCUAGUGAACUAAUGGAGAGUAAACGAGCGUCAAAAGGAAACGUCACAAUACCUGAAACACCGGAGGCGAGCGAUGAAUCUGAACCCGAACCAGAGACAAUAAAACCGAAAGGGAAAAGAAACACAAAAAAGAAAUAAUUAUAGCAUGUAGUAUAUAUUUAAUAAAACUAUUUUAUA